UAUUCGUGGAAAUUUGGCAACUCUCGAAUUGUUAAAUGGCGUUUUUCCUUAGCACAGCAGAAUAGCCCACCUCCCUUCCCCAUCAUGAUCUUAUGUGUAUAGACUCUGGCAUAAUAGCUGAUGAACAUAUUGAUUGUCAUAAGGCUGAGGAACUAGGUAUUAGCGGGCUAUUAAAAAUUGUUGAUAUAGACUUCGAAUCGCUGAAAUUUCAGCGGAAAAAUCGCUGCAAGCCCUUAAGUUGCCUUAAAACAUCAAUCGAAGUUGAUGGUGACGUCAUUCCUAUUGAUCCACUAUUAAUAUUGAUUAGAAUGUGCAUUGCCAAAAAAUCGGACGAUGAACUGAAAAGCUUUCUGUCCUUUGAACUUGCACCGUUUCCUCUUUCCCUGUUUACCGAAGCGGGGAUGAGGAAAACCCAAAAGUCAUCUCUUUAUGGAAAGAUUACACCUUGCUCUGCUGUUAUAAUGGAAAAGAAUGCAACGUUCGUUGUUGAUGGUGGGUUCUUGCUGCACCGUUGUGUAUGGCCUAGAAAUAGCACCUUCUUAUCUAUUUGCAAGAGCUAUGUCAAGUACGUUAAAGCGCAUUAUUCCGCUGAUUCUAUGGUCAUUUUUGAUGGAUAUCCUGAAAAUGCAAUCGAGCGAAACACGAAACAUGUAGAAAGGAUGCAAAGAGAACGAAAAAAAAUGUCCUUAGACAUACUUUUCAAUGAAAGUAUGGUACCAACCGUGUCUCAAGAAAAGUUUUUAGCCAAUAGUAAAAAUAAAAAUCGAUUAAUUAGGAUGAUGAAAAAUCAUCUCGAAGCGGAAGGUAUUCAAGUUUUGCAAGCAGUGGAAGAUGCAGACACCUUGAUCGUGAAUAAAGCAAUUGAAAAGGCGUUGGUGACUGAAAAUUUGGUGUUCAUUGUCGGUGAAGACAUAGAUCUCUUUGUCCUCUUGGCAUUCCACUCCAAAAAUAUUCAAAACGUUUUCUUUAUGAAGCCAGGCAAAGGGAAAAUGCCUCGAAAAGUGUAUAACAGAGACAGUAUUGGCAAUGAAACUAUCGCCGACAACAUUCUUUUCCUACACGCUUUCAGCGGCUGCGACACGAACUGCGCCCUUUUUGGAAAAGGCAAAAACAAAUUUCUGACUUCAUUAACAAAAAAUCCAAGCUUUACAUCAUUCAUAAAAAUAUUUAACGACGCAAACGCUACAGCUGAAAGCGUUUCCAACGCCGGUCAUAAGUUUAUACUUUAUUUGUAUGGUUACACCGGAUCUGAAGAG